CCUUGGAGCAGCAGGGUGAGGUGGAGAAAAGUCCCACUGAUUGUUCCCUCCCCUGCACAGCCCAUUGUCUGUCCCUGAAACACUAGAGUGCUAGGCUUGCCUUUCCAUGGUGGUUCUCAGAUCCAUGCUCCUCCCAAACUCUGCUUUUCCUGUGGCCCUGUACAUGGAUGGGCAGCAGAGAUGGUCCCUCAGAGGGUUUUGUUGGGCUCCUGCUUCCUCCCUCAGCUCUUCCUUCCCUCUUUUCCCUUAACUCCCACUCUACUCUUUGCCAAUGGAUUUGCCAACGUGACAGUUCAGCCUGCCAAGCUCUACUUCAUCGCCUUCCACAUUGUGAUGGUGAUAAUCAUCGUCAAUAUCUUUGUGUCCUUCAUCUUGGAAGCUUUCUUUGUGGAGUACUCCCUGGAGAAGAGCGAAGUGGAAACUGCAAUUGAGCAGAAAAUCCAGGAGCUGGGAAUGGGAGUUCAAGAGGAUGAGCUCCACCAUGAGCAGCUCCUCGACAACAUGGAGAGUGCGGAGCACGAGCUCGAGGGGGAAGGUGGAACGAAGUCACAGAGCAAAGGGCUGGUGUUCAAAAUUGCCUCCAAACCAUCUUCUCCUCUCCCACCUCAGCCCUUCUGUGUUCCUUGUCUUCACGAACCUCCCUCUGGAGACACUGCCCUGGUGGCCGAGGUCGUGCUGUGCCAAGACACCUGUUUUCCUUUCUCCUUCCUCUAUGGGCUUUGCAUUCCUGCUGCCUUGGAUCACGGGGGGACCAUUCCCCCUUUUCUCUGGCUCGGAUACAGGACAGUGGAUGCUCUGCUGCAGCGCAUGUUCGAGGCAGAGAUACCCCUGGAGGAUGAAGGCCCUUCCUUUGAAGAGAUCCUGAACCUGUCGCCCAGCUCGGUUCCCAGGAGCCCGGGUUCGGAGAGCGCGGCGUGA